AUGGAUUAUUGGAAAUUAAUUGUUCUAAUUAUAUCAGCAAUCUACGUGAAAGUGACCAUAGGACUGCAGCGGUUCGCCGAGCAGCCCAAAUACACCGAGGUGAACCCGGGCCAGGAUGCGCUGCUGGUGUGCAAAGUAAUUGACAAGCGUGGCGUCUGCUCCUGGCAGAAGGACAACAAACCGGUCGGCAUCUACCCGAAGAAGUACGAGUGGGCCAGCCAGUACGGCAUCGGCCAAACCGCACACGUCGGCGGUGACUGCUCGCUCUGGGUCCGGGCGGCCCAGCUCGAAUUCGACGACGGCCUGUGGGAGUGCCAGGUGACGGCCAGCGACUUUACGACGCAGGACGCCCUAACCAGUCAGCCGGUGCGAUUGGUGGUGCGAGUUCCUCCCCAGCGACCCAGAUUAGAGUACGAAGGCGUCCACGUUCCGCCCGGCCACAACGUGACGGUCGAUUCCGGUGCCGUCGCGACGGUAAAGUGUGUCUCGCACUACGGAAACCCGCCGGCGCAGCUGAAGUGGUUCCUAGGUGAUCAAGAGGUGUCUCCCCUUCACCCACAAACCAAUUCAACGGAACCGGACAACCCCCGGACCUGGUCGGCCGCUUCCGUGGUCCAAGUUCCGGCUAACAAAGAGCGGCACGGAACCAUCCUGAAAUGUCUCGCCUUACACGAGUCAUACGCGGCGCGUUCCGUGGCCGUCGAAGGUCGUCUCGAUGUGAAAUAUGCACCCUCGGUCCGGCUGCUCGGUGCGCCCCAGAUCGACCUCGAAGAGGGCAAGGACUCGCUGAUCCUGCGGUGUGUGGCCGACGCGAAUCCGCCGGCAAGCAUUGUGUGGCGUCGGGCCGGUCGGUCCGAGAUUGCUAGCCUGCAGGAGUCGCUCCAACUGCGUCCGGUUGGUCGGCGGGAUGCCGGCAUGUACACCUGCCAGGCGCAGAACUCCGUCGGAACGUCGGAGACGAUGUCAGUCCAGUUGGACGUGAAAUAUGCACCGAAAAUAUUAUCAGCGGGACCGGAUCGCCUCACCACGGCGCCACUGUUCAGUCCUGCCGCGUUCGAGUGCGUGGCCGAGGGAAAUCCGGCUCCUACCUACAAAUGGGUCCAAAGAAUUUCCACACAAGGCAAACCUUUCCUCGACCGGGGCCGGGAGUCGCGGCUGGUGAUAGACAACGUCACGUACGACUACCAGGGCGAGUACGAGUGCCGUGCGACAAACUUCAUCAACGGCCAGGAGCGUACGGCCACCUCCGACCCGAUCGCACUGCAGGUCGUCGGAGCGCCGCAAGUCCUGCGCACCACUUCCGCUUCCGGCGGAGCCGUCGGGCACUCGGUGUCGGUGCGGAAGGGUGACUCCGCCACGCUGUCGCUGAUCGUCUGUGCCGAUCCGAGACCGCGGCAUGUCGCUUGGGAGUGGGGCUCGCUGCGGCUCGAGGCUGGCAAUGGCAUCGGGCGCUAUCGAGUGGACGAUGUAACGCAGGAUAGCAGGGAGGACUGCUAUCUGGCCACACUGCACAUCGCUGAUGCCGACCUGCAGGAUCAACGGCCCUACUACUUGGUGGUCGAAAACGAUCGUGGAACCGAUCGGCAUGCGAUCAAUCUGCGUGUCGAAGGAAUGUUCUCCGUAGUGGAACCAUUGGAGCUGAGCUACCUGCUGGGAAUAGCCGGCGGGUGCCUGGCGGCGUUUCUCAUCCUCAUCUGUCUCUGCAUCUACGCGGUACGGGCGAGAAAAUGCUGCUUCAGGAAUCGCAACAACUACAAGACGUCGGAAAAGGAUAGCGAAAAGGCCGACCUAAAGUCCCGCUCCGAUAGUACGAGCGUGCCGCCACUGGACUCGAUCUACACGACGCCGACCGGGUUCCACAGUCAGCACCAUCACCAUCACCAUCCGCAUCAUGCCGCGCACCAUCCGCACCAGAACGGAACGCCCGGCUCGCCGGAAGCAAUGAAGAGUUUUCUUACGCUUACGGAUGGAACUCCAUUGGAAGGACAGCUGCACGCGCCGGACGGAAUCGAGCCGCAGGAUGCUGACCUGGUGCUGAGCACCUUGCGCCACCAGCGUGACCUUUUCAGCGGUCCGCUGGGCAUCCCGGACGUGACGACCCGGGUCGGGAGCGUCAUACACGCGUUCGAAACGAUGGCCCGCCAACGGCAGUCGCUUGGUGGCGUCCGGGACUCGUACCGUUCGGACAAACCGUACGAGUCGACCGGCGCUGGAACGGCCCGGUAUCGAUCGCACCGCUCGAACGUGAAGCGUGUGGGCGACACGAACCGGCACAAGAUUAUAUUACCCUCGCCGAAGAUUUCCCCAUCGUCCUCGGUGGAGGUGGGCGCACCGUCCGGCCAGCAUUUCUACCAUGCUCAGCACCACCCGGACCACUCCCAGUACUAUCCCGGCUCGCAGCCACCAACGACGACGACGCCGCAGCAGCCUCAGUACCAUCAGCAACACCCUCAGUCUCAUCCACACCAUCACCUUCAUCAGCAUCAUCCCCAUCUUCCACCGACAUCCUUUUCCUAUACCGAUCCACAAGGGACCGGACCCACACGAAGGCAUACGAGCGCUGGUGCCGCUGGUGGUGGUGGUAGAGGUGGCCUCGGCGAGAGCCAUAUACAUAUUAAUAACAAUAACUUUGAGGCAAACUUACCCCAUUCCACCGACGGUCAUAACAAUCAUAGUCAGACCCUUCCGAGGGCAAACUUUCCCACGGUGGACGUGCUCGGAACCAAUACCAUUGCCGGCAGCUAUCCGCUCACUAACGAGAAUGAAUCAAGUAAUUUCGAUUCGCUGAAUCUAGACGAUGAUUACCGUAAAAGCUCUUUUGGCAAACAGUCAAAAUUACUCCAGCAUCAGCAGCAACAGCAGCAGAGCCAACAUUUCCUCCAGCAGCGCAAUCCACCGUCGAAUAUCGAUACGUUCCUCUUGGGUCGCAAUCACCACCACCAGUCGGGUGACUCCGCACCCUCCGGCGGCCGGGGAACCGCGAAAGGCAUCUGGAGUCUCUUCGGCACCGGCAACCAUCCUUCCGAACAGGGCGCCGGGUUCAGCACCAGCAGAAACAAUCCGAAUGUGUUUUUCAACGCAUCCUCCAUGCCGGUGACGAUGACUACGGCAACGACGACGACGACGACGACGACGUCUACCAACACUUCUUCAACUGCACCGCAACAAGCGUCAACAUCCGGCGCGUCCAACCCAACUGGCACAAUGCGCUAUUACAACCACGAUAACGGCGCUAAUAGUGGCAAUCGCCGCACCGUCGCCUCGUCCUUCGCCGAGGACACGGCGGACGAUCGUUAUCAGCGUAACGACGGUGACGGUAGCGUCACAAACGAAGGCGAUAACGAAGCACUCGAUAAUCACGUUAGCGGUGACAAAUUUCUGCGCGGCACCACCGUCAGCCAGUCCUUCAUCAAGAACGUGCGCAUCAUCGGAAAGCGGUCGUCCUCGUACGAUGUGAACGGUGCCAACGGCGGGGUCGGUCGAAAGGAAGGCAAGAAGAGGGACGACACCGGAGCUGCCGGUGGUACCUCCAACUCGUCGAACGGCUUCAAGCAGCGUGGUUCGCUAAUGAUGGCGGCGGCCGCGAAGCACUUCUCCAAGCGCAACCGAGCACCCCAACCAACCGUGGGGACUAACCUAGCGGACAACGAGCCACUUGCUGGUACGCUGAGGCCAAAGCCACCGGAAAAUGCCACUGAUAUCCGUGAACCGGGCAACGAUGAAGUGGUAGCGAAAGUUUCCAAUGCGCCAUCGACUGCAACACGUGCUUCCGGUGGAACUGCCAAACGCCGGUUAUUUCAACCGCGCACGAUGGACCGAGCGGAAAUCUGAGACAAGUCAAGUGGUCUGAGUCGCUUUCGACCGAGGGGUCCGAUACUUGACCUGCCAAGCUAUAUUUUCCUCUUAUCCUUAUUUCAGAUCGCGAGUAGAUAAGGAAACUUUAAAAGAAAAAACGCCCCCAACUUUAAAAACUUGUUGAUAGCCGUUAAGAAUCCAGAGCUCUAUACUGUGUUCCGUUACCUGAAUCCACCGUAUUGGCCAUAAACUUACUACCGAAACGUCGUUCCACGUGAGCUUUUGUGGUCACGUAAAUUCAAAGGUGUUAUGAACUUGUUUUCCCAUUAAACGAUAGGGGAGUUAGCAGCAUUUAAAAACCGACAGCAAAGACACCCAUCCGUGCAAGGAACAUACCUUGAAGUUUAUCCAUCGACCGGUGCAUAUAUUUAACUUCAGCGCCAAUAUACUUAGCAUUUUCUGUGUCAUACCAGCGUGGAACGAAAUUCGAUUGUUUGUUAAUUUGUUAAAUUUGAACACAAAAGCAGGGAUUGAUCGUUUCGAAUUUCGAUCGAACCGGCUUGACUCUACGGUUUGUUAUCAUUUUGUAACAUAUGCAUUCGAUAUAUAAACAUUGUCGUGACUAAUAUGUAAUGGAAACUCAAAUGCGAAAGAAUGGCUCGGCUGAAAUUUACCUUUAAGACUUAAGGAGCAGUUUAAUACAUGAAUUGAUAGUUUAAUAACGAGAUCGAGUUUAGGAUAGUUUAGCGGGGUAUGUAUUCUUCCCGUAUAGCCCACUAUAAUCAAAAAUGUUUGUUGCGGAUGGGGAUUCAAUCUGGAAAGCACUAGCGUAACCAAGGAAGGAAGAAGAAAAUAAGUUCAAAUUAUGGUUUUUUGGGCGAGGAGGACAUUUUCAUUACUAUAAUCCGAGCGAGCUCCCGAGGCUGUUGUAGGAAAAAUAUAUUUAUAAGAUAAAUCAAAAUAGAGACACUAAGAGAGAAAGAGAAAGUAAACGAUGUAGACUCGAAUAAGAUUUUACGCGAGACGUUGAAAUAUGUGCUAUAAAUAAGUAAAGUGUAAACCAGUGUGCAGAUGGAAGUCAGACUAACAAAAGAAGCGAUUAAACAUACUACAUAAAACAUUAAUAAAAAAAUGCAUGCAAACAUACGUCGUACACACAUACGUUCCACAGAGUACAUUACAUUCUUCAAUGAUGCAUAAAUGGAUAAAGAUACAACCGAUCAACACAUUAAACCCGAAAACGCUGCGCGAUACUGAGCAAGUAAUCAAUUCGUUUACGAAUAUUGCGAUUUUUACUAACAAAUCCCUAAUAAAUGU